GGCGCAAAAUUCAUCCGUAUUGGCAUUAUAGCUGAUGUUAGUUCGUGAUGAAAGCCCUAAGUCUACUUUUUAACCCUUACCAUCAAUUGUAAAUGAGAAUUCUAACUGCUUUAUAUCCCUCAUUUAGUCCUAAUCAGUAGGUGUCCACCCUCAGGGUCACUUCAGCUUCGCUCAAACAUCGUCCGUAAAUUAUACUCUCACCCCAUUUCUUCUAUUAUCAAAUUAUGAAUGCAUUCUGUGUACUUUUAUUGUUGUUCUUUCCGCCGGAUUCUUCCACACUGCACCUCACGCUCUAUCACACAUGGUAUCUUCAGGAUGGACAUGUCCAUUCUGGUGGUCUUGGAAGACCACAAAAUACUGAACACUGCGUAUUUUACCCUCUUUCGCCGAAACAUUUCCUUAAAAAACUAUAAGCCGAAGGCGAGAAAUUUAGUUCUUGACUGAAUUUUCACUGCCUCCGUCCUUUCCUUUUUGCUUGGGUUUCAGUGGUCACGUUUAGGAGCAGGAUAUGUUCUUAGGUAUAUGAUUUAUAAGUGGGCUUUAAGGUUUGGACUAUGGAUUAUGUCAUAUGUUAAUUGAAUUCAAACUCAAUCUGGAACUUCGGUCGUAACUCCAACGGCUAAGAACCAUUAGAUAACUUAGAUAAGCUCAUUAAUCAUGUAAAGCCAACAUAUUAGUAGUUGAGUCCUUCAUUUUUUUAAAAUUGUGUACUAGUCAUUUAUAUUCUCUGAUGGGCUAAGGCGGGUAAAUAUAUUAAAGUCUUUCUGUUUACUUUAAAUUUACUACUAAACUGUACAUCCUAAUCCCAAACCUUACAUCCUAGUAAUUAAUCAAAUUCUAAUCUUAAAUCUUAUCUUAAUCCUAAUUAUUAAAUCCUGAUCGUAAAUUCAUUUAAGAGUGACAUCUCUAGGCAGUUGGCAGUAUUACUUUGUCUGCGUGAAAACUAUAACAUCAUUUGGAUCGACACAAUUUAGUUAUGUUCUAUUCACUGGAUCAUAAUGAGAUCAAAAAGGUAUCCGGAACUUAUCCCUGAAGGGUUUUAGUUUCAAUAUUAAAGUUCUUCAUCAAAGUCAUGGAUUCUGUCUUCUAGUUAUCUGUUGAAUUGCAAGUUUACAACACUAAUAAUUGAUGUUCAUCUAGGUUUUCCAAAGUGCAUAAAGUUGUCCACACAUCAUUCCCUAAAAUCCAGUGUUAUUUUUUUGUCUCUUAAAUGCUUUCUUGUUUUGUUCUAAGUUGUUUCAAAUCAAACAUCAUUAUAAUAUGGAUAAUGCAGAUGCUAAAGGAUCUCAACGUCUCAACCCUUUUAAUUGUAAUACAAACGAACAGCAGAGUCUCAUAUCUGCUCUAUAUGAUGCCCCAACCCUCACAAAUUCCAGAGUGAAAGGUUUUUUAGAAUAUCUAUCUAGCGAUUAUUUCAGCAUACCCUUCGCACGCAUCAACGAGAAUUCAUCAGUGGAGGAGUUGAAGGAUGCAAUUCUCAAAUGCAAACAUAUGUUCUUGGCUUUAUCUAACGAGUCGUCGGGAAGAAAAGAUCGCAUAUUAGAUCGGUUGAUUCAAUUAAGGAGGAUUUUACAGGAUGUUAAGGAGUUCUCAGGUGUGUCGACGAAACCAAGUUCCUGUUAUUUUGGAUCUUCACCUCGUUUUUCAGAGCUAUAUUUAUUAUCACGUAGCUUAUCUCAGGUGUCUCUGCCAUGUUUGCCUUACCGAAUUAUGGGUCCUGAGGGUUCACGUCCAUCUAUGCACCAGACUCCUUUCCCUGGUGGUCACGAUUUCCAAAGUGUUUCUGCGAUGCGUCAUCUGGGUGGAACGUGCGAAUAUUGUAGGCACUCAAUUCGUGGUCCGGUUGGCAAAAUAUUACGUUGUCAGGCAUGUGGUGUUAUGUGUCAUUUUGAUGGAUGUCUUAAUAGCCUAACACGUCGGUGUCCAGGUGCAUUACUUUUUCCUGGUACUAGUACUAAACACUAUAUGGGAUGUCGGCGUUUGCGAACGGAAAGUGAAAGCGGCACUCAUAAUAAUCCAAAGUUUCAUCUUACUGGAGUUAAUUUAUUUGAUACUAGACGUCGUAUUUCAUUUAAACAUUUGGAAGUUUCCAACUUAUCUUUUCUUUCGGCAGAUCUAACUUUACAAUCAUGGACUUGUGCAGAAUGUAUGAGAUCCAUUGAUUUUACACCAUCAUAUACAGUUUUAUCAGGACGUUUGAAUACACGUAAUCUGGGUAAAACGAUCAAUGAGGUCAUUGAAACGGGUAUUGGUGUACUUAUUGGAAAAGCUUUUCAAGAUAUAUUACCAAAACACAACUCUAUAGAUCACGUGACGUCUUACCUAAGUUCUCAACAAUUGUCUUUGCCUACCUAUUUAUUGAAACCUAUUUCUACAGGACCAUCUGUAGUAGGAUCCAAUCAAUCAACUGAUAACCUAAAAAAAUAUGCUGCUUUUGCUUCUCAUAGCGCUUCUGAACCAAUCCAAACAUGGUAUGACGCGUUUGUUAUGGAGGCAUUUGGAAAAGUCAGUCGUCGGAUUUCAUCAUCCUUAUUUAUCAAAACUCAAAACGGACGCUUAACGAUAGAUAAACAAGCAAGUGAGCUAAAUGUAUUAGAGAAUUAUGCUGCAGACACUGCAUGCACUAUGGAUUCUGCUCGUUUAUGCUACUACUCAGGAUAUUUUUAUUGUUCUAGGUGUCAUUGGGGAGAUACUCACCAAAUUCCAGCUUGGAUGUUUGUUUUGGGUGAUUAUGAACCUAAACCGGUAUGUCGAACCGCGUAUUUGUGGCUAAAUUAUGCUUGGUCACGCCAUUUAUUCCGCGUUCCUGUAUCGUGGUAUUAUCAUGAACCGUUGGCCAGACAAGUAUGUUCUAUUCGUACUAGGAUUUUCAGACUACAACCAUACUUCAAUAUAUGUUCAGGUGCAAAACUCUGCAGUUUAGAUUUUGAAAAAUAUGGUCUUGAGUGGUUUCUUGAGCAACCGUAUACAUUCACCAUGGAUUUAAUAAGUCAAGUAUUGAAUGGGAAACUGAUUGUACAAUUGACAAAUUUCUUAUCUAAAGUAAACGAACACAUUGAGCAAUGUCAGGUAUGUGAAACUCACAUUCCGAGUUAUUGUGUAGUUUGCAAUGAGGGGCCUACACGCCCAUAUCAUAUGAAAAUGGCGUUUUGUAAUCGAUGUAAUAAAUCGUGUCAUCGAUCUUGUUUGUCCGUGCCAUUACCCAUUUGUCUGAAAGAUACCCCAUUCUAUGUGGAGAUCAUUAGAACGUACGGAUUAUCCGAAUUAGGUUUUGACUGGAAUGAAGCUGAGGAUGAGUGGAUUGAAGUACUUUAUCCUUCCUUAUGUGUGCUAUGCAAACAAUGUGGUUUGCACUGAACUAACAUCAUUGUUUAAUUCGAUGGACAGAUUUUUCAGUCAUAUUCGUGUUAUCCUCGAACACUGUUUUCAUGCACUUCCAUUUUUCGAUUGCAUAUUUUCCAAGAUAUCGCUGUGUAAUUUCUUGAUUCGAUGAAUUUGUAUAUAUUUGGGAUAAACCUUCUUGUAGGUAUGCAUGAAUAUGUAGUGUUUUGUCUCCUUAAUUCUACAUUUACUUUCACUGAUUUCAUAUUGUUUUUCGUAACUGUACUUAAUAAUUUUGAUUUAAUGCACUCCAAUAAAGUAAAUAUUAUGGCUGCUAGUAGACAUUUGUUCACAUUUGUGCGUUCGUUGCUGUCGCAUUAGAGUAUUUCACUUUAUCAUGAGUCACGUGAUCUGUGUUGACAUUUCUGACAGUUUACAUACUUUCCAAUCUAGAUGCUAAUAAUGUUUUUAUCGAAAACUAUCCAGUUAUGACUGCAACAUGUGAUUCCUAAUACUAAGUUAUAUGCAUUUGUAUAUUUAUAUAUUUUCGAAGCUCUAUCCACAAGUCACAGAUUUUCAGUAGUUUUCGCUUAUUAUAUAUUAAUUGUGUUUAUUAUGAAUCGCUCCCAAAUGUCCUGGUUCGGCUGAGGUGGGGAGAGUCCGCUCUGCCUCUCGAAAUUCUCUCACAUAGCCACGCAUAUGCAGCCACUUCCAAUGAAGUCCUACUCACUGCUUUCUCGUGGCGGCGGUGUUUACGAAAUUGAGAGGACGAGAAACGAAUUUCUGGUGCUUUAACCGGGUCGAUGAACAUAGAACGUUCACCUAGGGAGUUGGAAAACCGUGAUUUCAAACCAAUGGCGCACAUGGAUCCCAGAGUCGUGAAAGAACGAAUAGCGUACGAAGCUUUUGUUGGUCACCAGCUAUCAUGGGGUCGUGUUUCCUAACGUUGCUCCACUACCUUGUGGAUUGAACCUCUAGGUCAAAGGCUCCGGGUGUUGCUCCUUAAGAAAAUCACCUGCUUCGAUCUGGGCACCCGGGCAGUAUCACAGCCUAUACACAAAUCAGGUGACUUGUGUGGUUCAUAUGUAUUCGGUGCCCUUUUGUAUCAAUAUUUAUGUGUUCAAAUAAAUAAGUAAAGUUAGUAUGAACUGGAUGCUGAAGUAUACUUUCAUUUUUGACAGCACCAGAUGUCACUUAUCUACCUAGGCAGAUUUGCUAGUAGCUACUUGAAACCUUUUUUUCUACAAUCACAAACAUUAUUUGCAUUCUCGUUGAUAUUAUUAUUUAAGUCGUUAUUUAAACACAUACAUUAAGCUUACAGUUUUGGUCGACUAACUGACUAAGUUUAAAAUAGGGUGAAUCCGUUUGUUUUUCACAUUUCCUAGAAUAUAAUACAAAGGCAAUAAAGUGAAUAAAAUUAUAAGUUAUGAUGAAAUACACCAAGAAUUGAAUGGUUCCUAAUUACUCCUAUUCUCCUAACAUGGAUCAGAUGCUCUAGAAUAACUAAGUCAACUACGAUAAUGCAAUGAGAAGACGAAGUUUAUCAGAAUUAUGUGAUAUAUUUGCGCAAUACAUUUUGAACAAUCUGAUUACACAUAUACUUGUUAAGACAUUUUUAUAUGAAAAUUAAAAGGCCAGCUAGACAGAUUAAAGGUAAACCGUAACAAAAUAAUAAAUUACACAAAAUCAAUGUGAUUACCACUCUGGAUAAUAAGUCAGUAUUACCAGAGUGAGUUAAGGACAAAUUGUUUUUGAACGCAUGAAGAGGGUUUCAGUUUACGUAUAGCCGAGGCUUCACUAAACCUUAGUUUAUGUCCUCUAAGGCUUUUGUAUAACACUACAAAUGCUGAUUUGAUGUCAAACUUAUGACCGGUCUCAAUCAAAUGUUUCGCAAUG